CUCAGCAGCAGCAGCCGCCGCCUCCUCCUCCUCCUCAGAGCUGGAGACCAGUGUGCCCAGCGCAGACACCUGUUCCCAGGCAGCAGCAGCAGGCACCCAGGGCUGAGGGGCUGGCACCUGAAAAGUUUCCCCUGCAUUCCUCCUGAUGUGUGCAGUGCCUUCUCCGGCCAAGACAGCGCAUGCCUCCCCGGAGUCAGGAUCCAUACAUUCUGACGUAGCCUGGACAUCUUAAAAAAAAAAAAAAAAAAAAAUCCCAUCUAAUAAGCAGGCUGCUGCUGGAAGAAGUUGGCAUGAGCAGUGCUGGUGUCUUCUACCCAAUGGAGGAACUCCACCUUCCCCCCCUGCCUGCCUGGGCUGAUGACCAAGGAGAAGUCGCCCUGCUCGCCUGCUGAGAUGUGUGGCCAGCACUAUGUCACCAGUGGGUGAGCUCCCAGUGCUGCUGCUGCUGCUUCCAUAGGUUUGACCUUGAACCUCUCAGCCCACAAUCUUGUCUCAUUGAUGGAUUGAAGAGGCGCUAUCCUCCCCCCCCUCCUCCCUCACUGAGUCAGAGGAUACAGUGUAUAUACCUCCACUCACAUAUAUAUAUACUGCUAUACACCUGCCCUCGGCGCUUCCUCUCUCCGCAUCACCGUCACAAGGCUUGAUGGCUCCCUUGGGUGAAGUUGGCAACUAUUUCGCAGUGCAGGAUGCUGUGUCUUUUGGAAAUGUGCCCGUUCUGCCAGUGGAUAACCCUGUCUUGUUGAGUGACCACCUGAGCGAGGCUGGGGGGCUACCCCGAGGCUCCGCCGUCACUGACCUGGAACACUUAAAGGGGAUUCUCCGACGGAGGCAGCUCUACUGCAGGACUGGAUUCCACUUAGAGAUAUUUCCUAAUGGGACUAUCCAGGGGACGAGGCAGGAUCACAAUAGAUUUGGAAUCCUGGAAUUUAUAAGUAUAGCGGUGGGUCUAGUCAGCAUUCGAGGUGUCGACAGUGGACUGUACCUAGGAAUGAACGAUAAGGGGGAACUGUAUGGGUCGGAGAAGUUGACCCAAGAGUGUGUGUUUCGAGAGCAAUUUGAAGAGAACUGGUACAACACGUAUUCAUCUAACCUCUAUAAACACAAGGACAGUGAACGUGGUGAACGUGGCGAACGGCGAUUCUAUGUAGCAUUGAAUAAAGAUGGGACUCCUAAAAACGGGAGUAGGACUAAACGGCAUCAGAAAUUUGCACAUUUUUUACCUAGACCUGUGGACCCAGAAAAAGUUCCUGAACUUUAUAGAGAUAUACUAAGCCAAAGUUGACAAAGACGUUUAUUUCACUCGAGCCCUUAAAAAAAUUAACCACUAUAUUAAGUCAAAAAAGGUUUCACCGAUGGGUUCUUAUUGGUUAGCUGGGUCAUCACAUCAGCUGCACUGUUGCCAAACUUUUGUCGCAUGCAUAAUAUAUGAUGGAGGCUUGGAUGGAACAUGCUAAUUCUGUUCUGCACUUAAAGGAUUGUCCUCCUGGAGGAAAGGCUGUGCCCAUGAGUGCUUGAUCUAUUCAAGGCAAAGAGCUAAAAAAAAAUAUAUAUAGAAACAAGCAAGAAGGAAUAAGGCCUGAUGCAUGCUGGGAAAAUAGACAUGCUUUUAAAUUUAUGAUCACCCCUUCAAUUCAUCAUAGAUCAGCAUAGCUGCCAUACUUCGUUUCAUCAAGAUAUUUGGCUGAAGGCCUGCUCAAGUUGUUCGCUCAUUUACAAAGGCAUGGAUGGGUGCAGUCUUACUUUUUAAAAAAAAAGACUUUCAUUUAAUGGCUCAGUGGGGUGCUAUCCCAAUGAGCAUAAAUCAAAGACCUCUUAGAAAAGUAGAAAAAAAGAAAGAAAAAAAAAACUAAAAUUACAAAAAAUGUUAUAAAAAAAUACCUUAAAUUUAUUUAUAGAAAUUCCAAAGGCAACAUUAUAUUUAUUUUAUAUAUUUAUUUAUUAUAUAGAGUUUAUUUUUAAUGAAAUAUGUACAGGCCAAAUAGGCAUUUUCAAAGCUUUAGGCUCUGUAAGCAUUAUCUGUUAAUGAACCUGUGGUAAAUUCAUGCAAGUUUAUUAUUAAGGUGCAUGGAUUAAAAUGAAAAAAAAUAAAAAUACAAAAAAAAAUAUCGAAAAAACAAUAAUGACCCUCUAGGUGACAAUCUACUUUGUGCCCAUUACUCUGUUAAAUACGACCACCUUAUGCAACAUUCUACUGAAUUAUUCAGUGACUGUAAAUCACCCGGUCCUUUUGAAUAACUCUAUAAAGGGUUGCUCCAUUAUAAAAGAAAGCUUCAGUGAUCGGCUGUUAUUCCUAGGGGAAGUAAUAGUUGGCCAUACAUUUCACCUACAGUGGCCAUUGCAUAAAAAAUUUAGCGUUACGAAUGGCCAUCCAUGUAAUGGAUGGUGGUGCAGGGUCCAAUAGAGUGGGAACCCCCCUCCCUAUGGAAUCCAUAUGCCCCAAUAGGGCAAUUGGAAGGGGGUUGUUGUGGUAAAACAACCCCUUUCAAAUAUUUUUGAGGCGAGUUAUUUCCUGCUUUACAGUCGCGGAAUA